AUGAACAGUCUCAACGCUUCAAUCACAGCAAUCACCUCAAGAAACCAAACUCCCAGCGAUCUUCUGUCGAUCUCAAUCUCUACAAUCUCAUCUCCAUCUCCAUCAGCCACGAUGUACUUCCCUCUUGCCUUUGCAACCUUCGUCUUCUCGGCCCUGGCCCUGCCGACCGGGGGCAACAACAAGGUCCUCCCUGCCUGCGACGCGACCCCUCGUCCUUGUUCGUGUCCUGCGGGCACCUUCUUGCAAAACUCCACCAGCUGGGCGACCUGGCCAGUGCCCGCAAAGGAAAUCUCGGACAUUACUGCCAACUUCUUUGAAACGGCCUGGUUUGGUACCACUCCCACCGAGACCCAUGGCGAGCCCUACACUCCGGGAGCCGAGCGUGUUCUGUAUGGAGAGCUUCCCAACGCGGGCGUGUAUCCGAUGACCGAAGAGUUGAGAACGUUCAAGUGGCUGCCGCGCAACAAGGGCUACCAGCUCACCUUCGGACUGGCUGGCGUGCCCUUCUACUACAACACUACUUCAGGACCCGCCGGCCAGCUUGGUGGCACCUGGGAGUGGGUGGAUGUGCACGCAGUUGGCAAGAAGGAGACGUACAUGCUGUGGAACAUCUAUGCCUGUUUCUCCUCUGCUUACGACUUUGCGGGAUUCCACGAGAGCGCCAUGAACAACAUCACGGCCAUCUUGAAGGCGGAAGGAAAGAUGACAGGAGAGAUGAACGGGCCUCACUCUUACUAG